AUGAUUGCUAUAGUCGAGGGGUACGUUGAAGAGAAGAGAGGACAAGAGAACGCUGUCACACCAUCUGUACCUCUGCAUGAGGGACUUCGGCCACAACGUUGGAGAGACUACGGAGGUCUACCUGUCGUUGAUUUGGGAAGCGCAGAUCUGAGCAAGGAGCUGUACAUUGUGGCUCACGUCUACAGGAUAGGAAGGAUGCUGCACAACGACUCUGCCAAAAAGAUCCUUGCUGCUCAACAACAAGCAAGUGGCACCUUCAAGCGACCUCAUGCCGUCGCGGUCCUCAAUAUUGGAGAAGCUGUUACCGGUACGAACACGGACGAGAGGGAGUUCUCCUUCAAGGCCUAUCAAGCCGAAGACAAAGACUUCCAUCAGCUCCAUGAAUUUAUAAUGCGCAAACAGAGCAACAAAUAUAGUCCCCUCUCGGGCCAACCCAACUACGGCAUCGUUAUGUCAUUGAGGGUUUUGCACGGUGAUAUUGAAAAAGUUAGAGAAGAGAACCCUCUGCUCUUGAAGAAUAUAACACUGACAAAGAAGUUGGGCUUUCCAGAUGUUAUAAUGCCUGGAGAUGUCAGGAAUGAUUUAUACCUGACUUUGGAGAGAGGAGAAUUCGAAAGAGGUGGUAAGUCAACUGGAAAAAAUAUUGAAGUGACGAUAUUAGUCUUAGAUGCAGAAGGAAACCCACUUGAGGGCUGCUUGUGGGGAGCUUCGGGCACGGAUGGAAACUAUAUGUACCAAAGCAGCAUCAUGUAUCAUCAGAACUCGCCGGUUUGGUGCGAAACGAUAUGCCUUUCUGUGCCGAUCGAGAAGUAUCAAACAGCUCACAUACGUCUUGAAUAUAGGCAUUGUUCAACGAGGGAGAAAGCAGAAAACAAAAAAUUGAUUGGAUUCAGUUUCGCAAGGCUGAUGGAAGCAAGUGGUGCAACUUUGCAGGAUGGGAGCCAUGAACUGAUCAUAUACAGAUGUGAGCAGAUGUCCCGAUUGCAUCCGUCACACUAUCUCUUCAACGCCAGCAGCCACAGGCAAGCGAGCCACUUACCGCACAAAGAGUUCCUCACAAUCCGCACACUCCUGUGUUCUACCAAGCUUACUCAGAACGUCGAUCUACUUUCGCUACUUCAAUGGAAGACUCACCCUGGCAAGAUAUCGGAUGCUCUCACUAAGGCCUUGCAUUUAUCAGGCGAAGAACUGGUCAAGUUUUUGCAAGAUGUUCUCGAUGCGCUCUUUUCCAUGUUUUCCACAGAAGAUGGGAAUUCUACUCAGCAUUCUGGUCUCGUCUUUCACGUUUUGGUUAGCAUUUUCAGCCUGUUGAACGAUAACAAGUUCCAGCACUUCAAGCCGGUAAUGGACGCCUACAUCAAGAACCACUUCGCCGCUGCUCUAGUCUACAAAGGGUUAAUAAGCUCUGUGCAGCAUUGUGCCGAUCGAGUUGGUGCUACUGACAAACAAGAACCAAUCUUGAAAUGCUUUCGCUCGCUCGAAUCAAUCUUCAAAUUCAUCGUUGAAUCCCGGCUGUUAUUUUCUCGAGCAACCCACGGGCAGUACGAAGAAAGCUUCACACGUGAUAUUUAUAGUGUCUUUGCUUCCCUUAACAAAGUCCUCACCGUAACAUCACACAAUAUCAUCAAUACACAGGUGGCACUGGUGGAAAGUUUGCCAGGAGCGUAUGAACAAGUCUCGCGAGUGGUUGCUCUCCAGGACGUUGCUGGGAUGGUCGCGGCCAGCCUCGACAUGCUGCACGGGCGCCACCUCGCUCAGCCCUUGGUCAAAUCUAAGCUGAUAGCUCUCGAUUCCAUCGUACAGGGGCCACUUUUCAAGGCUCAAGGUAAUGCUAGCGUGAACAAUUGUUUACACCACGAUAUUGAGGUAGUUGCGAUGAGCACUCUUGAUAUUCUUAUUCAGACAGUUCUAAUAAUUAUCGACAGAUCUUCUCCUGUACUUGGAAGCCUGGUGGCCUGCCUCAUCGGGUUGUUGCAAGUGAUGUCGAGGGCUCACUAUCGCAGGCUGUUCUGCGACAACAAGGAUCUCCUCCUCCGCCUGCUCCUCGUACUGAAGGACCUCACCAAGGAGGAAGUCUUCCCGAAAGAGUGGGCCGAGGUUCGACUGUCGGCCAACUCUAUCAUCCUCCCGGCCAUCAGGGAGCUACCCAUCCGUAUCAACCCUUUUGAUUACCAGGUGUGGAGCAACUACUUCAACUUGGCGGUGGCCUUCCUCACCCAGCCGUCGCUCCAGCUGGAGAAGUUCUCGGAGGUGAAGAAGCAGAAGAUCCUGUGCAGGUAUGGUGACAUGAGGGUGCGCAUGGGGUUCCAGAUCCUCGAAGCCUGGUCCAACUUGGGCGAUCAUAAAAUUCAUUUCAUCCCAUCGAUGGUCGGGCCGUUCCUCGAGAUAACUUUAGUUCCUGAGCCAGAGCUGAGGAAGGCUACUCUAAAUAUAUUUUUCGAUAUGAUUCAGUGUGAAUUCAACGCUCAUGGCAACUUCAAGCAGGUUGAAUCAGAACUGAUUGACAAGCUAGACGUGCUGAUCAGCGAGAACAAAGGAGAUGAAGAAUAUAGGCAGCUCUUCAAUACUAUAUUGCUGGAGAGAGUACAGAGAGAAGACCCUGCAUGGAAAGAAACUGGGUGGGUUUUUAUAUCUUCAGUUACUAAACUUCUUGAACGCCUCCUCGAUUACAGAAGUGUAAUCCAUGGCGACGACAACAGAGACAAGAGGAUGUCUUGUACUGUCAACCUCCUGAACUUUUACAAAACAGAAAUUAACCGAACUGAAAUGUAUGUUCGCUACAUCUAUAAGCUCCACGCUCUUCAUGUUUCUGCUGAGAAUUAUACCGAAGCCGGUUUCACUCUUUUGCUGUACUCUGAUUGCCUUACAUGGGAAAAGCAUCACACAGCCAAGCUAGAACUGUAUCAUACAAUCGUCAAUUACUUUGAUAGAGCUAAGGUCUGGGAAAAGGGCCUGCCCUUGCUAAAGGAGCUGGGCCACGUCUACGAGGAGCGCCUCUACGAUUACGACAAGCUGACGGAGGUGCUGAAGACCCAGGCCAGGUUCUACCAGUCGAUCCUCCACCAGCUGCGCCCGGAGCCCGAGUACUUCCGGGUCGGCUUCUGGGGCACUUCCUUUCCCAUAUUUCUCAGGAAUAAAGUAUUCGUCUACCGAGGACUGGAAUAUGAAAGAAUUGAGGCUUUUACUUCUCGUAUUCAGACUGAAUUCCCUUCAGCAGGAAUAUAUAACAAAAUCACUCCUCCUCCGUAUGCUAUAAAGCAGUCUGAAACACAAUACAUCCAGAUCUGCAACGUUAAGCCGAUCCCGGAGUCGAGGCUGCCUUACAGAAAGGAGGCGCUCGGCCCUGUACCGGAGAAGAUUUCCAGGUUCUAUCAGGUGAAUGAUGUUCGCCAGUUCCAAUUGGAUCGGCCAGUACACAAGCCGCCUGUUGACAAAGAUAAUGAAUUCAAGUCAUUGUGGCUGGAGCGUACAACGCUGACCACUGCCUCUCCGCUACCAGGGAUCCUGAGGUGGUCCGAAGUGAUGUCGACCGUCACCGAGGAGGUGGCCCCGGUCGUCUUCGCCUGCGAGACAGUCAGCACCGUUAAUCGUGAAUUGGCCUCUCUCAUUGGACGGUACACUGCAGAACCUAAGCUCCACACUAACCCGCUGUCAAUGAGGUUACAAGGAGUGAUCGAUGCUGGAGUAAUGGGAGGUAUAGCGAAAUACCAGGAAGCCUUCUUCACUGACCAGUUUGUCGUCGAGAACCCAAACGCUGCGUGCCACACUGCCGCGCUGGCACGUCUACUUCAAGAGCAGGUGGAGAUACUGGAGAGUGGACUAACCCUUCACGGUCAGUUGGCACCGCCUGACAUGCAACCUCUUCAUCAGCGCCUCCUCGAGAGGCUGGCGCAGAUCAAGAUUUCCUUAGCGUCGCUUCCUCCUCGGCUUCUUCUUGGGACGUGCUCCUUGUCUUGCUCCGACGGUAGAGAAGAGUACACAAACAGUUCCGCCUACUGCCAGCUGGCCAAUGACGUUUACUCCCAACCUCAGGAAGUCGCUGAGUCCGGUGAUAUCAAUGAGGUACCAUCCCUUCCUCUCAGACCGAAGUCUUACGCAGCCAAUUCUAUUGAGAGAAGCAGCCGCAGCUUGAGCCGGAGCCUGUCGCAGCGCUCGACCGUCAGCGCUGUCAGCCAGAGCUCUCAGGAGCCAGAGGAAGCACCCCCACUCCCACCGAGGGGCUCCAUUAUAGAUAAGAGGAACGGUGAGGUCCCACCUGCUCCUCCUAAGAGGGUCGUCGGUAGAAAGGAACAAGAGGAGUUUGCCGUUCGCGAUUCUGGAUUUUCCGAGAGACUGUCGUCAGCUCUAAAUUUUGAAGACUGGCACUUGCCCCGUCAGCCCCCACCUGUGCCACCCAAGUCUUCCGAGUCCUCUCUACAUCUCCCAAUGAACAUCCCGAAGAGAGUCUCUGAGACCACUUCUGCUCCUCGCAGUGACAAUGAGGAUCUGUCUCCAGAUCAGAACUGACCAGAAUUCACAGGUUGACCAAAAUCUAGAGAUCGGUCAAUAGAGCCUCUGAUCCCUCUGUUUUUUAUUAAGUAGGAUUCCGUUGAUACCGCCAACUUACAACAACUACAUUUAGUUGACAUUUAUCCGCAAGCUAUAUUUUUAAUAUCUUUUUUUUCACAAUGAUAAAUAUGUAUCAGUAGUCGAUGAAUAGAGCCUUUAUAAUGGGAAAAAUGUUGAUAACGUCGCAGGAUCGUAAUUUUCACUUUUUUGUCUCUGAGGAGCUCAGAAGAAUUUUAAUUUAUAGUUUAAGUUCCUUUUUUUGAUUGGUUGUUGUAGGAUGUCAAAAAUACCCACCGCUCUCCGAAUUUCUUGCUGAAAGGAGUCCUCUACUCAGAUUUCAGUUUCCUGCUGACUUGCUGGAUCUUAGGCGUCUUGUUUACUUUAAUCUCGGCCUAUUUGAAAGUUUCUCAACUAAUAUCUCGAUAAAAUGACUUUGACAAGUCGAAAUAUGACAAUAUUACAGAUAAUUUUUUAUUUUGAGUAAAUUUUUUCUUAAUUCCUCAAAAUGGUUGUCGAUAACUUUUGUACAAUUAAAAAUAUUGACAUUCCUCAUUUUAAAGUAUUAUAGACCAUUGAAACUAGAAAAGUAUUUAGUGAUGAAGGGUUGGGCAUGAAAUGCUAUAUAUCCUGAAAUCCCUUAGUCAGUUAUAACUAAUAGCUCAUGUAACUUUUAUUUAGAUAUUUAGUCUUGUAGAUUUUUUAUGGAUUAUGAAAUUCUCUUUUUAUUAGCUUUAUUAAUGAGUGAGUAUAUUCGAGUCAAUUUGUGGCAUUUAUUCGCCUCAUUUAUUGAAAUAUUUGAGUCAAUUUUGCGCUAUUAUUUGUCUUGUUCUUUCAUUUAAGCAGCCAUGUUUUGAAUCUAUCAUAUUGUUGUAAUUAUUUUUUGUUAUUCUAGUUUUUAUUUUAAAGACAGACCAUGUACAAGUUACCUAAUUAAUUAUUAAGUUAAAACAAUUAUUUAAAGUCAUGACAUAAGUGAUUAUAACGAAUCAGAGAGGCUACUAUGGUUGAGAUAAGCUGAACUUUGUGCCUUAAUCGUGCUGUACCAAGAAGUUUUUCUUCUUAAUCAUACGGUACAAGGAGGUUUUUUCUUAAAAAUAUGUUUUCAUCUGAAGGCAAACAAACAGUUUCUGCAUUAAAGUUUUGAUUGAUUGAGAGUAGGUGCAGCAAGUAGCCAACAGGUGUGGAAACCAAAGUGGUCUCUCUGCUUUGUUUUCUGAUUUUUUAAAAUUAAUAUUAAUAUAUUUUUCCCAUUCUUUGUUUUAAGAUUCUGUAUAGCAACUUUGACGGUUGUAUUAUUUUGGAAGGUAUUUUAAUGCUUUUAGAGGAAAUAUUGUAAUUAUAAAUUUUUGGAAAGAUUUUUGAAGAAAAGAAGGAAAAGACAAUUUUUAGGACUGAGCCAGGCUGUUUGGAUAUUGUUGGUAAGUACCUAGUAGCUAGUAACGAAGUAGCUAUAUCGUAGCCAAUAUCUCUUGAAAGGUUUACUCCAACUUUCAAAGAGGUAGAAGCCAAUUCGAUUCAAAUCCUAAUAUAUAUAUAUAUAUAUAUAUAUAUAUAUAUAUAUAUAUAUAUAUAUAUAUAUAUAUAUAUAUAUAUAUAUAUAUAUAUAUAUACGUAAACAGUAUUCAUAAAGUUUAAUUUUUCUCUUGAAUAUUGUAUUAUAAAGAAGUAGUGCUUCAGGAUAUCAUUAAAGUUCACCUUAAUAAUGUCAAAUUAUUUGUCUGAACAAUCAUUUAGGCACACAACUGAAUUUUCUUAAUUGGAACAUUUCUGGUACCUGAUGUUAAAUUGCUGAAGGAUAUUAUAAAAUGUUUACGCAGGCCAUUACCUUUUGCCAGAAACAUGAAGCUUGUGAAG